AUGUGGAACACGGUCGCUUUCCUGCUUUUGGUUCGUAUUCUCACUGCAUUCGGUAACACAGUGGCAAUCGACGAAUGGAAUCUGAACACGAUCCUACCUCAACACCAGUUAGUAUUUGCUGCUUUCGGAGCCGAAUGGUGCCCAUACUCACGUAAUUUAAAACCCACAUUUGAAGAAGCUGCAGCCUUCUACAAAAGGAAAAAUCCAACUGCUGACGUUGUUUGGGCUACGGUAGACUGUGAAUCUCAGAGAGACAUCUGUGAUCGCUUUUAUGUGAAUAAGUAUCCAACCAUGAAGUUGUUCGUUUUCGGCGAUAUGAUGAAAAAUGAAUAUAGGGGAAUGCGAGCUGUCGACCCAUUGUGUGAUUACAUUGACGAACACUACACAUCUACUAUAAAAAUCUUCAGUGAUAAUUCAUUCCAGCAAGGUAUGGACAAAUCGAAAGGGAAUGUGAUUGCUUAUAUUCAGAAAGGUGAUGAAGCCUACAAAAACCUUCAUAAUAUUGCUCUUCUUCUUCACGAAUAUUGCGACUUUUGGGUACCUUCUGAUGAAAUCGCUCGUAGCCUCUCAAAAUUCCGAAUCACCUUCAAAGCCGUACAUGAGGAGAACGAAUAUGAGGUAACCUGGCCCAAUUGGCUUUUUUCCAGCCACUAUCUGUUUGGUUACAGCGGCGACCCUCGUAACUAUUCAUAUCUCAAAGACUGGAUCAGCGAUAAAUGCAUUCCAAUAGUUCGGGAAGUAACUUUCCAAAAUGUCGAAGGCCUUACCGAGGAGGGUCUGCCAUUCCUGAUCUUUUUCCGCGACAAAGAAAACAAGGAACAUGACAAACUUUUCAUCGAUGCGGUCGUUCGUGAGCUGUACGGUACACGUAUGACAAUCAACCCGUUGUUAGCCGAUGGCCGUGUGUUCGCUCACCCGCUUCAGCAUCUUGGAUCUGCCGGUUCUGGCGAUCGACUCUUCGUGCACAUGUUCGUCUUCCCAAAUAUCUCUGAACUGUCCAAACCAGGUGUUCUCAAAGCAGGUUAG